GUCGAUGUGAGGCCUAUGAAGGUAGUUUGUCUUUUCGAUGUCGAUCAGAAAGAGAAAGAGGGACAAGAACAUAAGUUCUAUUUUCAGUUCUGAUCUUAAUCUUAAAUUUCUUUGAAAAACUACAACCACAACUGAUACAAGAACAUACAAGAAGGCACAACCGAUUUCUAUUUCAUUUUCAAGAAUAUAAAUUAUCCAUUGAGAAAGAGAAAGAUUAAAACGAUGAGCAGUGCUUCUAAGGUCGUUCUUAGGCAUCAAGAGCAUGCUAAGUCUCGCUCUCGGCAGGAACAAGCGAGGGGAAAACUUGUGCAAGAGCAAGGCAAGCUUCUCCCUGGUAACGAGAUGGGGCGUGCGCGUGCUCAGCCUCAAUCUAAGUCACCGCAAUAUGAAAAACGUUCUGACGGACCUCGUCGAGGAACAUCUUCUCACGCAUCCCAGCACAGCACACGAGCUCACCAAGGCCAACAAGGCGUGAUCAAAGGUAUGGUUAAAGUAAAGCAGGCUGCUGUCGUUCGUGCCGCAGUUGCCCCGGCUCGUGCUGGUGUUGUAAGAAGUACAACGCGACGUGGAGGAGGCUUCGAACUUGAGAAGGAAGACGAGAAGAACCAAAAGAAGAAAGCUACGACCUAUCCACCUCCAAUUGAACGGCCCAAGAUGAACAAUAAGAACUACAGCAACAACAAAAGCAGUGGCCAAGUAGGAAGUAUAGACAUGACCUGUUGGGAUUUGCUGAAGAAGGGCUUCUGUCCACGUGACCGCUGCAAGUGGAAUCAUGUUGGCGUUGUACCUGAGGUCUCGAGGGAAGUAGCGAAGUUAAGAUGAAACUGUAAUAUGUAUAACUUCUUAACUUUUCAAUUAUGAAGAGGGAAGGCUAUAAUUUUUGCAGAAGAUGUUGUAGAAUAAAAAAUUUUCAAAGAUGAGUUGGUUUUUAGGCUCCUCUAUGAUUUUUAGUAUUUUUUGCUCUAAGAACUAGGAACAAGGAAGCGUGGGAGCGGAAUCGCACAUCUGCUCAGUAUCCACGCAAGCACUGGGAAAUUGUUGACAGCAACAAGAAUAACCAGUCGUCUUCUACAUCAUCGGGAGCAGCGUAUUCAACUACAAGAGGAGGUAAAGACAAGGGGAAAGAUGCAACAAAAGCUAAAGAUUCUGCGUCUUGUUCUGGAUCCUCUUCUACCCAAAAGAAGAAUGAUGGUGUCGUGCACCAGAAGAGUUGUCCUAGAACAAGUACUGAAAUAAACACGAAGCCCGAAGCACAAGGACUACCAGGUACUAGGAAGAAAAGAUCCACAGGACUUGUAUCUGGCGAAGUAGUAGAGAGGUCAUCUUCUACAGGAGCAUCGGACGAGGCUGAUCUUGAAAAACAGUUACUGAUACGAGAACGGACAAACGCAGCCGCGAUGAAACAAAUGGAACAAAUUUCGAAGAAAACACAGCACCAGGGGAAGAAACGCCAGCUCGUGGUGGUCGAGCACCAGAAACAAGAUGUUCUAAAUGCUGUAGACGAUGCAAUCGGAGCUUUCAAUGGCGAGGACAUUCCAAUGAGUCAUGAUGAGCAAAGUGGAGGGCUUUUCCAAGAACUACAAGAUGAAGAUAGUUUUUUCCAAAAUGACGGACAACACCAAGAGCAGCAACCUUAUUCUAACUGCUUCGACGAAAUUCCUGGCGAUUCUCUGUCUCCUCCAAAUAUCAAUUUUUUUGAACAACUUGGUGAAGCAGAACACGAUGAAGCAGAACACGAUGAAGCUCGUCAUCUUCAUGGACAAGAUGUUGUUGUUGGGGAUAAUCCGAUGAACACAAUCUACGAAGACAAGUGCGGCGCUGCGCCAUUCAUCGAUCAUCAUGCUCAGGAAAUGGAUGUGAUUAAGGCUGCAGCUCUACUGCUUCUUCAUCGCGUUGAUCUUGUUAUUUAAUAAGUGAAUUAUACGCUUAUACAACUCUUACGCUACGUCGUGACAAGCCUAGGUUCUUGAUGUUCUAUAGCACCAGCUAUGACGCCCUUAUGGCAGUCUGCACUGAACUUUGUGCGAGAUCAAUUGUAUUGUAUUGCAUUGCCCACUACGGGUGCUGCUCAUGACAUAAGAAUCUUGGUCAUCCAACUCGGUCAGAAAGUCGAAGUCCAUCUUCAUCUGCUAGGUAAAUGAAUGAAUGAAUGAAUCUUCUCUUCCAUAUUAUCAUCUGAGUACUAGACUUCUAAUUACAUAGUUGUACCAGAUAGCGACGACGAGGACGACAUCAAGGGCAACAACUGCAACGACCCUUUUUUCUCGGUCAACAUUCCACCCAGUGAGAUGGACGGCGAUGUGGAAUUGUCCACUGUCGGUGGCAUGUCCACUAUUGCGGGACAGAGUCCUUCCUCUAGACUCCAAGAUGGAAAAGGUGCAAAAAUUGUUGGGGACUCUAGACUCCAAGAUACAACGACUAAGAAUGGAAAAGGUGGUGCAAAAAUUGUUGGAGGUACAACUUCUAUUACAUUUGCAGCUCCUCCUACUUCUAACAACAAGCAAGAGACAAGCGAGCGUACAGCUAAGGGUCGUGAUCAUACUACUACAACUGGAGCAGGUGCUACUUCUGGUAAAAGCUAUACAUUUAAACAGGAUCUUCAGGGUCGUGGUACAACUACUCCUGCUCCGACUUCUACUGGAGGCACUUCUGCAAGAACAGGUGCAGCUACUUCUGCACAAAAUAAAGUGACCUCCUCCACCAACAUCAACGAGAAGAACGAAGACAAAAUUUGUCAGGCUUCAUCUACGGUUUUACCUCCACCUUCGGUUGAGAAAGCUGGAGGACACGGCAAAGGAGCAAAGGAUAAAAGUACUCAGGUCGUAGGACGAGCAAAAGGUCUUGAGAUGAAGAUGAAAGGUGGAACUACAAAUGCAGCUACCAGCACCACGACUACUUCGCUCAACAAAAGCGGAAUGCCCAUGACAGCACGACCGGCAGCGUGUAAUACAACCAACAAGAAUUUCUUCAGUAGUGCUCCUGCUACUUAUAACAAGAACUACACCAACAAGAUGAAUAGUGCUGCUCCUGCAGGAGGAGGAGGUAAAGGUGGAAACUAUACCUCCGCUCCUGGUCCUCCUGGCCCCUAUUCUUAUAACAACUACCAGAACAGCUACCAUGAUAAUUGGAGCUCUUCUAAGGGAAAAGGAAAAUGGAAACCCUGGAGACCGGUUCUUGGACCUAAUGUUAAGGCUCGUCGACCUAAUUAAGUAUGCUAAUCAUGUUAGCGUUAGGUUUUAUAACUAGUAAACACCGUCUCGUGGUCGCCGUUACUAAUCUAGUGGUCUGGUAAGAGCGCCGUGAGCGCGAGACGUGUGAGGCGAUACUAGGGUCGCGCGCGAACAUGAUAAUAAUAAGUCUAGUCCUAAGUCCUUUCAUCACCUUCUUUCCUUCUUAGGAUUCUCCAGAAAUGAAGGCAACAAGAAUAAGUGAGUUCUUGAACUAUUUUCUCGAGCGCUAAUAACGGCGAAGGAGCAGACUAUCCUUACUGCUGGGACUUCGUCAAUACGGGUACGUGCAAGAGAGGUGAUCGAUGUAAGUGGCUACACGAGAUGCCGUUGAUGGCCAUCUGAAGUGGUGUAACACGAGAUGCCGUUUGAUAUCUAAAUCACAUGGCUAUACACGAGAAUAUGCCUUUGUAUAUCUGAAAUGAAGUGCGUGGAAGAGGAUGCCAAUCUAUGAAAAAAUAGAGAGAAGAAAAGGUUGUAGCUAUAGUUCUUACGGAUCAUUCGGCUAUAUUAAAGUGUACAACUUUUUAAUUAACGACCUCCACCUAUAUGUAUGAGGAACGACAACGGCCACGUAGCCGAGGACAUCAUCUUUUUCAUAAAGAACAACAUAAAUCUAUUUCUAUGUAUAAUAUGGUAGAAAAUAUGAGCAUGGAUCUUCUAGCGGGAAGUGGCGCUUACAGACCCGGAUGUACUUGUACCACUUACACUUAAACUUAUAUCCUAUGAUGAAGACGAAGAUGAACACCCCCCCCCAGCACGCAGCAACAAUAAUACAGAAUAGAGAAACGAAGUAGAGAAACAAGACUGGAAAAUUUGUUGCCGUCUUGACUACGUCUUCAGCUCAUCUCCUGCAGAAGCGGACUGCUCAAGCAUGUUUUCUUGAUAUCCAUGUCGACCCCUGCCCUCUUCUGAUGUAUUAAUGUGUCUCUUUGCCCAAGCGCACCAUUCCCAAGAAUGACUCCAGAGAAUCAGUUUUCCCAGAAAGUUGUCGGAAAAUGCUGAAAGACUUAU